GGCCGGCGCCAUGGACCGAGGCCGGGUGCUGGAGCAGCUGCUCCCAGAGCUCACUGGGUUGCUCAGCCUUCUGGACCACGAGUACCUCAGCGAUACCACCCUGGAGAAGAAGAUGGCCGUGGCCUCCAUCCUGCAGAGCCUGCAGCCCCUUCCAGCAAAGGAGGUCUCCUACCUGUAUGUGAACACAGCAGACCUCCACUCGGGGCCCAGCUUCGUGGAGUCCCUCUUUGAAGAAUUUGACUGUGACCUGAGUGACCUUCGGGACAUGCCAGAGGAUGAUGGGGAGCCCAGCAAAGCAGCCAGCCCAGAGCCAGCCAAGAGCCCAUGCCUGAGAAACGCAGCCAACCUGCCUCCACCACUCCCCAACAAACCUCCCCCUGAGGAUUACUAUGAAGAGGCCCUUCCUCUGGGACCCGGCAAGUCACCUGAGUACAUCAGCUCCCACAAUGGCUGCAGCCCCUCGCACUCAAUUGUGGAUGGCUACUAUGAGGACGCAGACAGCAGCUACCCUGCAACCAGAGUGAACGGCGAGCUUAAGAGCUCCUAUAAUGACUCUGACGCAAUGAGCAGCUCCUAUGAGUCCUACGAUGAGGAGGAGGAGGAAGGGAAGAGCCCGCAGCCCCGACACCAGUGGCCCUCAGAGGAGGCCUCCAUGCACCUGGUGAGGGAAUGCAGGAUAUGUGCCUUCCUGCUGCGGAAAAAGCGUUUCGGGCAGUGGGCCAAGCAGCUGACGGUCAUCAGGGAGGACCAGCUCCUGUGUUAUAAAAGCUCCAAGGACCGGCAGCCGCAUCUGAGGUUGGCACUGGAUACCUGCAGCGUCAUCUACGUGCCCAAGGACAGCCGGCACAAGAGGCAUGAGCUACGUUUCACCCAGGGGGCUACCGAGGUCUUGGUGCUGUCAUUGCAGAGCCGAGAGCAGGCCGAGGAGUGGCUGAAGGUCAUCCGAGAAGUGAGCAAGCCAGUUGGGGGAGCCGAGGGAGUGGAGGUGCCCAGAUCCCCAGUCCUCCUGUGCAGGUUGGACCCGGACAAGAGGCUGUCCCAAGAGAAGCAGACCUCAGAUUCUGACAGCGUUGGCAUGGGCGACAACUGUUCUACCCUUGGCCGCCGGGAGACCUGUGAUCACGGCAAAGGGAAGAAGAGCAGCCUGGCAGAACUGAAGGGCUCAAUGAGCAGGGCCGCAGGCCGCAAGAUCACCCGUAUCAUCAGCUUUUCCAAGAAGAAGCCACUGGCCGAUGACCUGCAGACGUCCUCCACCGAGGAGGAGGUUCCCUGCUGUGGCUACCUGAACGUGCUGGUGAACCAGGGCUGGAAGGAACGCUGGUGCCGCCUGAAGUGCAACACUCUGUAUUUCCACAAGGACCACACGGACCUGCGAACCCACGUAAACGCCAUCGUCCUGCAAGGCUGUGAGGUGGCCCCGGGCUUUGGGCCCCGACACCCGUUUGCCUUCAGGAUCCUGCGCAACCGGCAGGAGGUGGCCAUCUUAGAGGCAAGCUGUUCAGAGGACAUGGGUCGCUGGCUCGGGCUGCUGCUGGUGGAGAUGGGCUCCAGAGUCACUCCAGAGGCGCUGCACUAUGACUACGUGGAUGUGGAGACCUUAACCAGCAUCGUCAGUGCUGGGCGCAACUCCUUCCUAUAUGCAAGAUCCUGCCAGAAUCAGUGGCCUGAGCCCCGAGUUUAUGAUGAUGUUCCUUAUGAAAAGAUGCAGGACGAGGAGCCCGAGCGCCCCACAGGGGCCCAGGUGAAGCGUCACGCCUCCUCCUGCAGUGAGAAGUCCCAUCGGGUGGAUCCGCAGGUCAAAGUCAAACGCCAUGCCUCCAGUGCCAAUCAAUACAAGUAUGGCAAGAACCGAGCAGAGGAGGAUGCCCGGAGGUACUUGGUAGAAAAAGAGAAGCUGGAGAAAGAGAAAGAGACGAUUCGGACAGAGCUGAUAGCACUGAGACAGGAGAAGAGGGAACUGAAAGAAGCCAUUCGGAGCAGCCCAGGAGCAAAAUUAAAGGCUCUGGAAGAAGCCGUGGCCACCCUGGAAGCUCAGUGUCGGUCAAAGGAGGAGCGCCGGAUUGACCUGGAGCUGAAGCUGGUGGCUGUGAAGGAGCGCUUGCAGCAGUCCCUGGCAGGAGGGCCGGCCCUGGGGCUCUCCAUGAGCAGCAAGCCCAAGAGUGGGGAAACUGCAAAUAAACCCAAGAGCAGCGUUCCAGAGCAAUCUCUCCCUGUCAACUGUGUUUCUGAGCUGAGGAAGAGGAGCCCAUCCAUCGUAGCCUCCAACCAAGGAAGGGUGCUACAGAAAGCCAAGGAAUGGGAAAUGAAGAAGACCUAGGAAGAGAAUGAGGAUUUCAUUCCAAAGGAAAUAUCAGCUUGUCCACCUGAGGAAGAAAUGCUUUUUUCACAAGGAGACACCAAGAGAAGACUAGGAAGUAGCCCUCGUUCUCCAGGGCACCCAAAAGACCAGCCUUUAUUGUCUGCAUGAUUUUAGGGGAUAUGGGGAGGGAAGAAGUAGAAGGGAAGAGGGAAAUGGAGAGCAUUCUUAUGACUUUACAAAGGGUGGAAAUGAGGAUGGAGGGAU